GUAAUCUAUUCAUUUCUCCACCUCCUCAUUUCUUAUUCGCUGUCGUCAAACACAAAUAAACACAACACGUACAGCUGGGAUCGCACUACAAAAUACAUCGUGCUGAACAUGGCUUCUGGUUUUGGCGUGUCUCCAACACAAGAACAUUAUCGAUUGUUUCCAGAAAACAUCGAACUCAACGUCGGCGGUAAGUAUUAUUCAACAUCGGUGUUGACAUUAACGAGAGAUCCCGACUCGCUUCUGGGUCGAAUGUUCAGCGGUAGGCAGGAAGUAAAUAAAGAAAACUCUGGGAAAUAUUUCAUAGAUCGCGAUGGGUCGUUGUUUCGGUAUAUACUUGACUUUCUGCGCACCAAACGAUUGCAUCUUCCAGAGGAUUUCUGCGAGAUUGAAAGGCUCAAAGCGGAAGCAGAGUUCUUUGAAAUGGAAGAUCUAGAACAACAACUUGAGCAAUACUCAAAAAGGCGGGAACGAGCAGCUACAGUCGUAAGCGAACAGUUUGGUUACAUUACCUUACACAUUCGCGGUACAUAUGCGUUUGGACGCACCGGCCAAGCAGACGUAACUUUUCGCAAGUUGCAAAGAAUUGAAGUUUCUGGCCAAGUGUCUUUAUGUCGCGAGGUGUUUGGAGAAACUUUGAACGAGACACGGGACUCUAACCCCGAAGGCAACAGAUAUACAAACAGAUUUUAUCUUAAACAUAAUCAUAUCGAGAGAGCUUUCAAACGGCUUAAAGACUCCGAUUUCGACCUGGUUUCCAGUAGCGGCGGAAAGAGUGGAUUAACUGCGGAUAGCACGAAAAGCGACGAAGAUAAAUGGGACCACUUUUCUAUUUACGUUUUCGUGCGGCGAUAAAUUAAAAAAAUCUAUACGCUUCUGCUCGAUAACGACAAUUCUUUAAAUUAAACAAAGGACCAGACUAGAGUAAUUUAUAUAAGAAGUUUUCCGUACCUCUUUUUCUUUUCUUUAAAAUACACUCAUUUUGUAAAAGGGAAAAAAAAAAGGUGCAGUUUCUUUUGAA